UCUACUUAUCUUAGUGCGGAUGAUAUCUUGACCGUAGAUGGUGCUGAUGAUGAUAUUAAGUCUUUCAGCACUAACUAUAUCUCAAAUGGGACUGUUGAGUCGCGUGAGAUGAUCCCAGUCUCAGUGAGCGCAUAUUUAACAUGUUUUGCACAAGUUUUUGUAUGGUUCAGAGCUGAGAUUUAUAACUGGGAAAAGCUAUUUGAAAACUAUGUUGAUUUUCAAAUUAAACGUUAUCCUCUAUGA